AUGUGCGAUCUCGUGGCUGCCGUGCUGAGGACGGCCUGUGGUGGGGCUUGUGAGGGAGCUGAGGGUCGCUACAGCAGCUCGGUGGGCGACUUGAGACGAGGGGGGGGUGAGCUGGAGGAGGAGGUCGUGAUCAACCUGGAAGAUGAACCACGGAGGGUUUCGUCGACCUCGGUUGCCGCCGUGUCGACCUCUUCGCUUUCGAGAGUGAACCACCGCGCGAAGGGGCAAGGAGGACCUUCAGAAGACUUCGUCCUCGACAUUCACGAUGAGGACCCGAGGACCACCGCGCGCGUCGCCAGGGCCGCCAGGUUCUCCCGGAGCAAGGUGAAGCGCAACGUCGAGGAGGAGAUCACUCUCACCCUGAACGACGACGAUGGAGCGGACAGUGCCUUAGCCAACCAGAACCUCCGCCAGAACUCCAUCCCGGACAUCGUCGUCUCGCAGAACGCCGACGAUGAGCCCUUCGACCCUGACGUCACCCGGGUCUACGACGACUACGACGAGGACAUCAUCAUCGAGGACCUGAGGACGGGCUCCCGCUCCGUCGUGGCCGACUCCCGCAAGCCCAAGGGCAUCGGCGGGAGGGUCAAGGACAGGCUGUUCCCCAACCGCCAUCUGCCCAAGAAGAAAAAGAUGAACCGCGCCCAGAAGGUCGAGCAGUACGUGGACUCGCUGGUGGUGGAGGACGAGCACGGCCGCGUCACGCCGGUGUUCGAGCGCGAGGAGGACCUCACGCACGACGACUUCGAGCAGAAGAGAAAGGACCUCCUGCAGCGUAAGCCCAAGAACUUUAUCGAGGGCGAGGAGGAGAUCAUUGCCUUGGACUUCCCCUCGACGUCCGGGUCCCAGAUGCCCUCGACGGCGGCGGAGGAGAAGCGGAAAGGCGGCCCGAGGAAGGGCGGAGACAAGCGCACCACCAUGAGGCUGGAAGGCAUCGAGGAAGAAGUCAUCGAGAGGAGCAGCGUCGUCGAGGCCCAGACGAGGCCGGAGACCAUCCUCUCGCCCGAAGGAUAUGAGGACUACAUCGGUGACGCCCUUGAAGACGACUACCCGGAGCUCGCAGGGACCACAGACGCGUCUCUGGACAGCCAGCAGCUGCAGAUUCAGCAGCUACAGAUUGAGCAGCAACUGAUUCAGCAGCAGGAGAUUGAGCAGCAGCAGAUUCAGGAGCAAGAGGAGCAGGCGUUUGAAGAGGAGCAGCGGCAGGCGCAGCUGUUGUACGAGGAGUACCAGCUUCAGCAGGCAGCACCCACGGGUCCUCUUUCAGGUUCGGAGUCAAUGUGUUUUAUGGAUGACCACAGCCCCACUAGUAAUGGUAACUGUGAUUACUAUCAUAGAUGCGUAGCUAAGUGCCCACAUGAGCGAGCCAAGGCUUCCCGUGGCGGGGAGAGUGUAGUUACCGUAAGCGUGGUUGACCGCGACCCCGAUGCUAGUGAAAUUGCGUGUAGAACCAUAGAUGACGAUAACGUUACUUGUAGAACCAUGCCUGAUAUUCAAGAAGUAACCUGUAGAACCAUACCUAAUAGCCCCGAGGUGACCCGUAGAACCUUUCCCGAUAAUGCAGAAGUCUCAUGUAGAACUAUUCCAGAGGUAAAUAGCGGUGUAACCACUAAUGCUCUGUGUGACAACAAUGUGUUGAACAAUAACGAGAGUAUGAAUAGUUUUGCUACUCAGUUUAGAACUAGUUGUGUUGCUAGCGGUGUUACGGAGAAUGUGAGUAAUGAGAAACAAGUAAGAACUAGUGUAAGUAGUUCGACCAGUGCCUCAGCCGACGAUUCAAGGAACAGCAGUACAAGCGCUUCCGAGCACAGUAGCAUGUCCAUAAGCACAGGUAGCGUGUCGAGCAACGUGUCGAGCGUAAACAGGAACAAGACGAGACUGUUCCUCCCCACAAGUACAACGAGCCUGCCCGAGAUUUCGGUCGAGCCGCCCACCCCACAGGCCCCCAAGCCCAAGGACACCUUUGACCGAGAGAACAAAAUCAAAUAUGACCUCAAAGUGCCUGGUUACCGUAGCAUGUUCCUCACUGUCCCGGGCUUCGAGGACGACGAUGCGGAGAGGUUUCUGCCGAGGUACAGCCUCGACAGCGACGACGAGGACGACGUGGAGGAGAGCAGCAGCGAGGACGACGACGUUGUUCAUAAACCGAGAGUAUUGUCUUCCCUCGCAGGUGUGGCGGAGUCGCGGGGCCUGAAGCGCUACGGCAGCAGCUGCGACAUCUCGCGCUUCGAGCAGAGCGACGGCGACUACGACAGGAGCAACGACUUCAACGGCAACGUGGAGGCGUUCGGCCGCACGUCCAAGGUCGGCGGCACGGGCUCGGGCGCCUUCGUGGCCGGCAAGCUGGCCAUGUUCGAGAAGGUCAACGAGGAGGAGUACCAGAAGUACAUCGAGUGCCAGGAGGUCCGCAAGCGCGUGUUCCGGCCGCCCCGCAAGAGCGGCGAGUACAUCGAGAAGUUCUACAGCCCGCAGGUGAUCGACACCGUCGACGCCCGCGCCACGGAAAGGAGUCGGAGCCUCCGCUAUUACGACGACGAGUACGACAGCUACGACAACCCGAGGUCGCAGGCGUCGCCCACGCCCGAGAGGUCGCCCACGCCCGUCAGGGCGUACUCGCCGGCGGUGCAGGCGGCGUCGUCCAGGGCGCACACCGAGUACAUCACCACCAACAGCGACGCCAAGAGCAUGCUCAGCGGCUGCUCCAGCAACGUCUACGCCAGCCCCUGCAAAACCCCCAGGACGCCCUCGCCCACGCAGGACUACGGCUACAGCGACUUCGACUACAACACCUAUGACUACGUAGGCGACCGUCAGAGGACGCCCACGCCCACCAACGACUUCUCGGACGUCCUGCGGGACUCGCCGGCGUUGCAGACGAGUUACGACUACGCCGGAACCAGUCGGGCCAGCACGCCCGACGCCAGCGCGGCGCCGCCCGCCGUCGCAGACAACCUGGAGCAGCAGACGGACGAGGCCAUGGAGAUGUUAGACAGCAGUUACCUGGAUGACGUCAUCGAUGACUUCGCAACUAACUCACAUUUUGACGACGAGGUUCCGGGGAAGAUGGAGAGAGGUCACACGUCAGCGGAGUACAGUAGUUACGAACCGGAAGUGAGAGUUGUACGCAGCCCGUCUCCUCCUCAGGACUUCAUCGACCCGCUGGAUGAUGUGUUUGAAAUAGAAGACUUCGACAACCAGGGGUCCAUGACUUCUCUGGGCGGCGCCGUUCGGAACAAGAAGAAGGCUCCUCCACCGCCUCCUACGGCCGGCCCUUCGACGUCCGAUGGCAAGAGAAUGGGUGGGUUCUUCGGGAGGGUCAAGAGAGAAAAGGACAAGGAUAAGGAUAAAGAUAAGGAGAAGAAGACGAAAGAAAAGAAGGAGAAAAAGAAGGAGGACAAGCCUGCAGGAAAGAGGUUCCAGCUUUUUGGCGGAGUCAAGAAGACAGGCGAGCCUUCAGCUGCAGAAGACACGCCCACAAAAUCUCCUAAGAAGGACAAGGGAAAGCGCCGUCUCUUCGGCCGGGCGGGCGCGAAGGAGAAUUUCGUGGGGCGUCCCAACCUAGCUUCCCACAGGUCGGAUCCGCAGGCCACGGUACCCAGACUCUGUAAUGGUCGCGAGGAUGACUGGCGAUUCCUUUGAGCGGGAGUCGAUCGGCCUGGAGGAAGAUUCCGAAUUUCUCUAAGGAGAGUCGGAGGCGAAAGUGGUCGAGGGUCCGCACCGUACGGCGAAGGUGGUCGAGAGAAACGGGAUCGAGACAGAGAUUGAAAAAAAAGGCGAAACAAAAGAGUGUUGUCUUCGAGGCAGCUGAGGCGCGCGCGCACUUGCUUGCUCACGGCCGAAAGUGGUCGAGAGGAAAGGAGUAUGGGAGAUGAAAGAGAGGAAAAGUGGAGAAAUAGUAGUGUUUAAAUAGAAUAGAAUAAUAGUAGGAGAAUAGGAGAAUGUGCCAUGUCCGCGAUUGUAAUGGUCGAGAGUGCUCGAGACGGAGAAAAGAAAACGGGAACUGAAUGUAGGUACACAAAACAAGGCGAAAGUGGUCGAUUAGAAAAAAAAACAAAACAAACCUGACGAUACAAUAAACAAGAAAAUGCAAUUACACAGAAGGGGGCGGGGGAAAGGUAGCUCAACCCCCACCCCCUCUCCUAAGAAAAAAAAAGGACAAAGCAAAGAGAAAAGAAGAAAUACCUUUUAAAAGAGUUGUUAUAGCGGAAUUUGUGAUAGUUUGUGACAUUCCUCAUACAAAAAUGUGUAUCUCUCAUCUAAGAGAGAGAGAGUGAGGAACAAAAUAUCAUGGUAGUUUUUCUUAUCAUUUUUUUGUUUGUUUUUUUGUUACAAUAGUAGAUAUUUUACCGAAGGAAAGAAAAUGUAAAACAACUUUUAUAGACCAAUGAAAUACCCAUUUUUUCCUUCUUAAACGAAAAAACAACAACAACAGCAACAUACAUAUUUUUUUCUCUCAGACGAAGCAAAGGGAGAGAAAAGAAAGAAAGAAAGAAAAAAAAAAACAUGUCAUAUAAGAAGAAAGAAAAUAUGGAAAAUUUUCUUACCCAUCUUCAAAGACAUAGAAAACGGAGAACACAAGAAUCGUAUCCAAUCAACUUUUGAAAAAUAAAAAUCCAAAUGUGAUAUUACGUUCAUUAUGCAAAUGAGAUUGAUGUUAACUGUACAUAUGGUUACGAAAUCCAUUUGUUAACAAGAGAAACGUGAAAAUGUCGCUCAGGAUAAUAACUGCAAUUUUUAAUUCCCUUCCAUUUUUAAAGAAAAUAAACAGACGGAUUUUAAGGUAAAUCAAAAUGAUUUAAGGAGAUUUUCGGAUCAUUAUAAUUCUUUUGUUUAAUUUUACUUUAGGGUUUUUUAAUUAGAAGAAGAUAUUGAUGCCACUUCGGAGUUUUUUCCGCUCUGACUUUAGCAAUAUU